CUUACUUCCGGGCCCAGAGCCGGGCGGCGGCGGCGGCGGCGGCGGUGGUGGAGGCGGCCUCACCAGAUACCCCUGUUGGUGCCAGGAGUAGAGCUCUGGAGCUGGGUUGGAAGGACACCUCUAGCAUGACAGGUGCAGACAUCCCACCUGCUUUGUAAUCAUGAAGGAAACAGACCGGGAGGCUGUUGCGACAGCGGUCCAGAGGGUUGCUGGGAUGCUUCAGCGCCCGGACCAGCUGGAUAAAGUCGAGCAGUAUCGCAGAAGAGAGGCCCGGAAAAAGGCCUCUGUGGAGGCCAGAUUGAAGGCUGCGAUCCAGUCCCAGUUGGAUGGUGUGCGUACGGGCCUGAGCCAGCUCCACAGCGCGCUGAGCGACGUCACAGACAUCCAGCGGUCCCUGGCCGAUGUCAGCAGAGACUGGAGGCAGAGCAUCAACACCGUUGAGAGCCUCAAGGAUGUGAAGGACGCUGUCGUGCGGCACAGCCAGCUUGCUGCCGCCGUGGAAAACCUCAAGAACAUCUUCUCAGUGCCCGAGAUUGUGAGGGAGACCCAGGACCUCAUAGAACAGGGGGCACUCCUGCAGGCCCACCGGAAGCUGAUGGACCUGGAGUGCUCCCGGGACGGGCUGAUGUACGAGCAGUACCGCAUGGACAGUGGGAACACUCGUGACAUGACCCUCAUCCACGGCUACUUCGGGAGCACACAGGGGCUUUCGGACGAGCUGGCCAAGCAGCUGUGGAUGGUGCUGCAGAGGUCACUGGUCACUGUUCGCCGUGACCCCACCUUGCUGGUCUCAGUUGUUAGAAUCAUAGAAAGGGAAGAAAAAAUUGACAGGCGCAUACUUGACCGAAAAAAGCAAACUGGUUUUGUUCCUCCCGGGAGGCCCAAGAACUGGAAGGAGAAAAUGUUUGCCAUCUUGGACAGAACUGUGACCACUAGAAUUGAGGGCACACAGGCAGACACCAGGGAGUCGGACAAGAUGUGGCUCGUCCGCCACCUGGAAAUUAUACGGAAGUACGUGCUAGAUGACCUCAUUGUUGCCAAAAACCUGAUGGUUCAGUGUUUCCCCCCGCAUUAUGAAAUCUUCAGAAACCUCCUGAGCAUGUACCACCAGGCCCUGAGCACGCGGAUGCAGGAGCUCGCGUCCGAAGACCUGGAAGCCAAUGAGAUCGUGAGCCUGUUGACUUGGGUCUUGAACACCUACACAAGUGCAGAGAUGAUGGGGAACGCGGAGCUGGCCCCAGAAGUGGAUGUCAGCACCCUGGAGCCUUUGCUUUCUCCAGAUGUGGUCUCUGAGCUGCUUGACACAUACAUGUCGACUCUCACUUCAAACAUAAUUGCCUGGCUGCGGAAAGCACUAGAAACAGACAAGAAAGACUGGCUGAAAGAGACGGAGCCCGAAGCCGACCAAGACGGGUACUACCAGACGACACUCCCUGCCAUCGUCUUCCAGAUGUUUGAACAGAAUCUCCAAGUUGCUGCUCAGAUAAGUGAAGACCUGAAAACAAAGGUACUAGUUCUGUGUCUUCAGCAAAUGAAUUCUUUCCUGAGCAGAUACAAGGACGAAACCCAGUCGUACAAAGAACAACACCUGAGGGACCGGCAGCACCCGCACUGCUACGUGCAGUAUGUGAUCGCCAUCAUCAACAACUGCCAGACCUUUAAAGAAUCCAUAGUCAGUUUAAAGAGGAAGUACUUGAAAAGUGACACGGAAGCAGGCGUGUCCCUGAGCCAGCCAAGCAUGGACGGGAUUCUGGACGCCAUUGCGAAGGAAGGCUGUGGCAGCCUGCUGGAGGAGGUCUUCCUGGACCUGGAGCAACAUCUCAGUGAGCUGAUGACGAGGAAGUGGCUGUUGGGGUCCAACGCCGUGGACACCAUUUGUGUUACCGUGGAAGACUAUUUCAAUGACUUUGCCAAAAUUAAAAAGCCGUAUAAAAAGAGGAUGACGGCAGAGGCGCAGCGGCGCGUGGUGCUGGAGUACCUGCGGGCCGUCAUGCAGAAGCGCAUCUCCUUCCGCAGCGCAGAGGAGCGCAAGGAGGGCGCAGAGAGGAUGGUCCGGGAGGCCGCGCAGCUCCGCCACCUGUUCCGGAAGCUGGCCUCCGGUUUUGGGGAGGAUGCGGACGGGUACUGUGACACCAUCACUGCCGUCGCAGAAGUUAUUAAGCUGACAGACCCGUCUCUUCUCUAUCUGGAAGUCUCCACGCUGGUCAGCAAAUACCCAGACAUCAGGGAUGACCACAUCGGUGCACUGCUGGCCAUGCGGGGGGACACCAGCCGGGACAUGAAGCAGACCAUCAUCGAGACGCUGGAGCAGGGCCCGACGCAGGCAAACCCGAACUACGUGCCCAUCUUCAAGGAGAUCGUGGUCCCCAGUCUGAACGUGGCGAAGCUCCUCAAGUAGCCCGUGGGCCCCAGCCUCGCUGUGGCGCUGUGCCCGUCCCCCACCCGUGGCCCCGGCCUUGUGACGCUGUGCCUGUCUCCCACCCUUGGAAAUGCGUGGCGGCCAGAGGGACAUGAGACGCCCAGGUCCCGCAUGCCUGCCUCUGGUGGGACCGCGCUCGUGGCUUCUUGAUGAGUGAGCUCUCUGAUGGUCAUGGCUCUUCUGGUUUUCUCCUCUCUUGUCGUCUGAGGGGGCCUCAUGGUGCCUGUCCCCCUUAACCCCUGGGUCUCCCCUCAUUUCUGCACGGUGUAAACACCUCCAAAACUCUGCCGCUCAAUAAAAGAGUCUAAACUCUUGCAGGAAAAUGAAGACUUCCUGGUUGUGAAGGGUUUCUUCCUCGGGGUGACCUGGUAAGGUUCCAGGGCCCGGAAGCUAGUUUCUGGUUGACAGGUGUGCAGCCCAGGGACGUGCGUGAGCCCGGACCAGGGGGCCUGUGUUCCGCAGCUCUGCAUGGAGCCCCCUCGUGCUGAGAGUCCUACCGGGUGAGGUUGGACAGGCGCCCCUCUGGUCCGCCCUCCCGUAGGAACAAGCCUGGCACCCGUGGGUAUGGCCGGGCAGGUCCUCGCUGGAGACGUCGUGAGCGUCAGGUCUGACAGACUCGAAGUGAACGUGAACGUUUAUCUGGUGCGCGCUUAACACCUGACACGGGAUCCCGUAGACCCCCGUUGUGUAACCAUCUCCACGGCAACUGCUUCAGCAGUGGCUUUGUUUGCACAUUAGUCUUUAAUCUCAUGACAAAUUAACAAAGAAGCCACGCCAGAGUGAACGGUAGGGACUUGUAUGUGGGGUUUGAAGGGUCCUGACCCUUCCCCACGCUGCCAUUUGCCAAGGGGGUUCCUCAGAUGCGCCGUGCGGUGCCGGCCACGAUGAGGGACGGGGUGUUGCCCUGCUCCCCCACCCUCGCUUCAGGGGCCCAGGGACUGCAGACCCCUCGUGAGUGCAGCGGGGGCCACUCUGAGCAGCCGAGUCUGAGUCUCUGGGACGUGGGCUUCCCUUCCUCUCCAGCCACGUUCAAGGUGCAAAGCUGGUAACCACCUUUAUUUCCUCUUCGCGAGAUAAAAAAAAAUUCACACGUAGGACUUUUUCUGGAAGGAAUCCACGCCUAAACGGGAUGAAAUAACUAAACAUGGGAUGCAGUUCCUAGAACCGUUACUGGUUCAGGAGAGGCGUAACUUUUCGACAAAUGCGUAGUAACGCCCUGUCUCUUCGUGUACAUGCUAAGUAUGACGUCUUCAUGCCUGCGUGGAGCAAGUGCCCAAUGCUUUUUGAGCGCAUGCAGCGAAGAGUUAACGACUGUUAGUUAUUGUCCCUAUAAUAAUAAAAAUACAUCUAUUUUUCCCCCAGCUGAGAGAAUUUUCACUCCAUGUUACUUUGGAGCAAACAUCCGGGGUGAAUCUUCACACAAUGACAGCAGACCCCAGUGGUGCACAUGGUUCUGGCCGGUCCCCUUGCCCUGAUCGUGUGAUGGUCACUCCGGUGUCCGCGGUCCCUGCUCACACCUGCUUCCGGGAUGCCUGCGGCGAUGGUGGGCUGAGCACUGGCUGCCUGAAGUGAAUGCCAGAUGCCGGCGCGUCCCAGACCCUGGGGACUCGUGGUUUUGAAGGCAGCACUUUGGCCAGGAUGCGGUGGGAGUGGUGGGGACAGCAGAGGGCCGCGUCCUGGUGGUUGGGUGACACCCGGGGGAGGGUCACCUCCAGGCCAGUUGGUGCCAAGCGUCCAUUGGGGAAAGUGGGCUUAACGGGACAGCAGCCUCCAGCCAGUACCAGAAACAGGUUCGCGUCGGGCCACUGCAGACUCGCUGAGUCUCGGGGCCACUCUCUUGCUGUUCAGUUGGAAGAAGAUGCGUCCAGGGAGGAAAUUUCCUUGACUCUUAAGUUUCAUUGACAGGGCUCCUGGUUUGUCUGUCUGACUGGGGUGCAGUCUUGCGAGCUGAUGCUCACCGGGGGUGCUGUCCCUCUCGAGUCCACCCCUGUACAGCCCAAACAGCUGUGACCCCAAAACACGGAGCCUGGAAGCACAGACACUUCUUUCUGUCCAGAGGAAAUCUUCCAGGGAGGGUGGGCCACGUGGAGGCUUCUGGCUGCCCCGCCCUCCCUUCUGCGUGGGGCGCCCGUCAGCCAGGCAUACCACGGGGACACCAGUGCCACCUGGGAAGAGACGCGGGACUCGGUGAGGAGAAGCCCGGAGAUGGGCUCCCUGGACAGCAGGUCUGGGAGAGUGCAGGUGGGGCCCUGACGGACAUGGGUGGGGUCAGGUGGCGUCCCUCCCAGCCCCGGAGCACCGGACGCUGCAGAGGCCAGAGGACUCCCCUAUGGGACUGGACGAGCGAGGCCCUGCCCACACCUGGAUUUCUUGGUCAUAAGGCAACACGUCUGUAGUAUUACGGCGGUCCUAGAACCCACACUCCUUGAGACCAUCCUAUCAGGUUUGAAACAGCUGUAAAUUUACAAUAAGAGGUUAGAUUCUUCUUAUAAAAAAAGUAUCUAUGGACUCAGCAUUGGUGUGCCAUUUUCUUUUAUAAUAAACAUCUAAAAUUUUAACUAUUAAAA